CAGUCUAGGUUGGAAACCAUUUAUUGUUAAAGCAUUAUCAAAAUGCACAAUCUAACAUAUGUCUCAGAAUUCCAUCUCAUGUGCUUCUCAGAUGACCCAGAACUGCAGUUGGUCCACUUUGGCCUGUUCCUGUCCAUGUACCUGGUCACCGUUCUGGGAAACUUGCUCCUCAUCCUGGCCGUCAGCUCUGACCCCCACCUGCACACCCCCAUGUACUUCUUUCUCUCCAGCCUGUCCUUGGUUGACAUCUGCUUCACCUCCACCACGGUCCCUAAGAUGAUUUCGGGCAUCCUAACUCACAGCAGAGUCAUCUCCUAUGUGGGCUGCCUGACACAGAUGUCUCUGUUUAUGCUUUUUGCCUGUAUGGAUGACAUGCUCUUGACUGUGAUGGCCUAUGACCGCUUUGUGGCCAUCUGCCACCCCCUGCAUUAUGCUGUAACUGUGAGCGCACACCGCUGUGCCUUAUUACUUUUGGCAUCUGUCUUUCUUAGCCUUGUGGAGUCCCAGCUGCAUAAUUCAAUUGUUUCACUGUCUACCUGCUUCAAGCAUAUGGAAAUUGCUAAUUUCUUCUGUGACCCUUCUCAACUGCUCAACCUUUCAUGUUCUGAUCCUCUACUGAAAACCAUAGUCACACAUAUUGGUGGUGUCAUCUUUGGCUUUUUUCCCAUCUUGGGGAUCUUUUUCUCUUACUAUAAAAUUAUUUCCUCUGUUCUAAAAAUACCAUCAUCCGAGGGGAGGUACAAAGCCUUUUCUACCUGCAGCUCUCAUCUCUCAGCUGUUUGCUUGUUUUAUGGAACAGGCCUUGGGACAUACCUUGGUUCAGAUGUGUCCUAUUCUUCCAGAAAGGGUAUGGUGGCCUCCCUGAUGUACACUGUGGUCACCCCUAUGCUGAAUCCCUUCAUCUACAGCCUGAGGAACAGGGACAUCACUUGCACUCUGAAGAGGUUUCUCAGCUGUAGAGUGUAA